AUGGCUGACAACCGUGCUACUCCUGAGCCUGAAGGCAAUGGCCUAAAUGGCAACAAAGAAAAUGGGGAUAACAGCCCUCCCUAUGCUCCCCUGGAGACCCUCGCUGCGAUCGCCGUGGCUGCCGCCGGUCCCUCUACCGCACCCGCCGCCGCGCCCACUAUCGAGACCGACGAACCCACUGUUGAGAUGGUGGAGGACAUAGGUGCCACCACUGCCGGAAACACUGGCGGCAACACUGGCGAGUCCGUCCAACCUGCGCCUCCCCACGCCUCCGCGUCAGGCCACGGACCACCAACCAGCGCUGCACUAGCCUAUCUUCAACGCGACCUCAUUCGCUCCCGUAUGACCCAUCGCCUGUCACCUUACCUGGCCGAGACUCCGAACCAGUUUCUUGGACAAGUUUGGAUCAACCACAUUGAUUCCCUUCUAGGCGUGCGCACCCAGAAUCAAACUGACGAGAUGCGGUAUUGCGUUGAGCAGGCCGACAGGGUCGUCCACUUGGCCAACGAUAUCUUGCGCCAGCAGAGGGAACUUUUGGCGGAAGUGAGACGUAUUGUUACUGGGGGAUAUCACAGUGGAGAUGAGUCCAACGAGCACAGUGAGGUCGAUGAGUUUGGCGAUGAGGCUGAGGGUGAUGGUGACGGUGAUGGAACUGCUGCCAACGGACGCAGUGCCGCAAAUGAGUAG